AUGAGUGAAAUGGACGAGUCGGCCGAGGAGCUCCAGUCGAUUUGGUCACGUGGGACAUGUCGACAGGCACAUAGACGUGCGCACUUUUCGCGUGCGUUUGUACAUAUGUUGUCCAGUAGCUACGUAAAUUCGGAUGCCCGACGAGUUCAAGCUGUAGGAGAAACUGAUGUUCAGGAGCUGGACGGUCAAUCGCUGGAACAUACGCGACUUUGA